AUGGCACCCUUGCGCACCUUGUUCCGAGACACUUGCGCUGGACAAAUCAUGUACUACCUAUCAGGCCACAGGUUUCUGCGACACCCCGAGGAUGAGCCUGAUUUCAAGGUGCCCGAGAAAUUUCUACAAGACAAAGACCAACAGCGAGGAUCGGACAAGGUGAAGCGCGACCAGCGGUCCACCUCCAAUCGUAGUCAGCACCCGUCGACCGCCCACUCCGACAGCGAGGAAACGAUCAUCGAAGACAGAGGCUCGUCGCGCAACCGAGUUGAUGGAAGCGAGGAGGAAGGUGAAGAUCGCAAUCUAGUCGACUGGUAGGCUGACCGCUGCAGGAAGUAAACGCCUAGUGAUGUUGACCUUGCUCUUUCAAAUCCGUACGAUCAAUGACGUCGAUCUGCAGGUACUCUGAAGACGAUGCCGAAAAUCCUCUCAAUUGGUCUGUACCUCGCAAGACCUUUGUGACCUUCUGUAUCUGUCUCAUCACAACCAGCGUCUAGUGAGUACCUUGUUUGAUCUUCGUUGGCUUCGUGGGUGAGUUAUCGAGGCGCCGGUGCUCGUCUAAUGUAUUCGGUUGGCACCUUCCAGCUCGGGAUCGAGUAUUUUUACGCCCGGAGUGCAAGAGGCGAUGCAGACCUGGAGAGUGGGACAAGUUCCUGCUACCCUCGGUCUGUCCUUGUUCGUCAUCGGUUACGCGGUACGUUUGCGGACGAGUGGUGACGCUAGCAUGGAUGCACACGCACAGCUGGCAGACCUGCUGCUCUCGGGAAACUGACUCGACUCUGUGUUGUUUAUGAUGGCACAGCUUGGUCCCAUGUUCCUGAGCCCUAUGACUGAGAUCCCCGCGAUCGGACGCACGUUCCCAUACAUCAUCGCCCUUACGAUCUUCGUCCUUCUUCAAGUGCCAAGCGCUCUCACCAAUUCUUUUUCCGGCUUCUUGGUGCUGCGCUUCCUCGCGGGAUUCUUCGGAUCGCCCCCACUCGCUACCGGCGGCGCGAGCAUCUCCGACAUGUUCGCUCCGGACACCCGAACGUUCGCGAUGGGUGUCUACGGUCUCUCCGCCGCCGGUGGCCCAGCUCUCGGACCUGUCAUUUCGGGUUUUGCGAUCGCCGCCCGGGGAUGGCAUUGGUCGAUGUGGAUUUUGCUGUGGCUCUCAGGAUUUGCACUCGUCUUUCUGACUUUCACCUUGACUGAAACUUCGGCGACCAACAUCCUCGUUCGCCGGGCGCGCCGACUCCGCAAACUUAUUGGGAAGAAAGAACUCAAAAGUCAAGGCGAGAUCGAACAAGCCAAUAUGAAACCCAUGGAUAUUGUGCAAAUGACCAUCAUCCGGCCCUGGAAAAUGACUUUGACGGAGCCAAUCGUCAUUGCGCUGAACGCUUAUAUUGCAUUUGUGUAAGUUUUUUUUUCCUUUUUUUUUCGUUUGCCUUACUUCGUUCCUCGAUCUGCUUGCACCGGCGUGAACGUGAUCGAAGACUGAUAGUAUAGUAAACACACGCUCGUGCUUUACAUUUCACGUAUCACAGGUACGCUGUCCUGUACUGCUGGUUUGAGUCGUUUCCCAUUGUGUUCCUCGAGGGAUACGGUAAGCGUGGUCUCAAACACCUCUCAAAGCGUUCUGCAGCAUGAAGUACCGUGGCUGAUCCCGUUCGCGAAUUGGCCUAUGCAGGCUGGGGUCUUGGAGUGGCCCAGUUGCCAUUUCUCUCGCUGCUCGUGGGCUCCAUCCUCGGUUUCGCGGGCAUCGCGUUCUGGAAUCAAAACUACUACAGGCCACUGUACAGCAAACUUAAUGGGAAAGUACUUCCUGAGGAACGACUGGUUAGUCAUCCGCCCUUUGGGCCGGGCUGCGAAUCCAAGUGCCUCGUAAAGUCCGAACAUGCUAACGAUGUCGUUCGUUACUCGGUUUCCCUGCAGUACCCCGCUUUCAUUGGAUCGUUCUGUUACCCGAUCUGCCUUUUCUGGUUCGGAUGGUCGGCCAACAGGACUUCAUGGGUGGCACCCGUCAUCGCGGCCGCCUUCUUCGGUAUCGGGACGACUUGCAUGUUCAUGAGCGCGCUGAACUAUCUCUCAGACGCCUACCCGCGUCACGUCGCCUCGGCAUUGGCCUCCAACGAUAUCGUUCGAUCGUUGUUGGGCGCGGCGGCACCCCUCUUCGCUGGAAUCAUGUUCCGCAACAUUGGAAUCGACUGGGUGCGUAGUGUCUUGGAAACAUAGUUCUUUGCUCAUCGUCGCGCUGGCAUCUGACCAUCAGGCGCGCGCUUCCCACCUUCCGUCUAUCAAGGGGUGCUUACUGCUCGGAUUCGUCUCGCUCCUGAUGAUUCCCAUCCCUUUCGUCCUGUACAAGUUCGGCCCCCAGCUCCGUAACCGCUCCAAAAUGGCGGACUGA